UUAAGAGAGCAGCUGAGGAGUGUAAACAGGCCGGGAGGCGAGGGGACGGAGACAACCUCAGGUUUACCUUAAGACAGCUCUUCCUUCAGUGUCUACUAUCUAUUUAUUGGGACCUUAGUAAACCGGAAUAUAUUGGUGCAUUUUUCGGCAGAAAAAUGAGUAGUGGCUUUAUAAGUGAGAAGGAUGUUGAAGAACGACGACGUAUUAGGCAAGAGAACUGGGAAAAGACUCGAGAGGAAAAUGAUCCAGAGGAAGCUCCCGAGGAACCACCUCCAGAUCCUCGCCCAUUGUUUGAACGUCUUCAAGAGCAGCGUCAAAAAAAGCAAGAAGAAUAUGAUGAAGCUCACAAAUUCAAAAACAUGGUGCGAGGGCUUGAAGAUGACGAGGUGGACUUCUUGGAACUUGUUGAUCGCAGCAAGCUACAGGAGGAGAUACGAGUUCGCACUGAGGAAAACACUGCCAUGGCUGAAUACAGGAAAAAAGUGUCUGCCAUGCAAAAAAAUAUUGCUGAAGAAGAAAUAAGAGCAGAAUUGAAAGUCUCAGAAUUGCGGAAAAACCCUGGAGGAAGUAAGAAAACAUCACACGUUACCCUCUUGGCAGGAGCAAUAAAAAGAAAAACUAGUGAUGAUGAUAAGAACACAGAGGAGGCUGGUGAAUCCAAAAAGGCAAAAUCUGAGUUGUCCAGCCAAGGAAACACUGUGGCAGUCCAUCCAGUCACUGGAAAGUCUGGCUUUCAAUGUAUUGCUGUUUUGCCUGGAUUAGGUGUCUACACAGAUUCUAGUGAUUCUGACAAUAAUAUAGACUCAGAUAGUGAUGAGGAUGAUGAAGUUCAAAUUCCUCGGCAGCCUCGAGAUAUCACAGGUCGUAUUGUGAAGCCUGCAACACAGUGUACUGGCCAGUCUGGCUGUUGAUAAAGACAAGAAUUGUUAAUAAAAAAUGAAUAAGAGCAAUGAAUGCCCCAAGUUGAAUGAUGACGGUCUAGGUGCCAUUCUUACGGGUAUAUAAAGAUGAGCUGUUAACAGAACAAGAAUAGUCAGCUGAUCACUCAUUUUGCUUAUGACUAAGUACAUGGGAAACUGCCAUCAUUGAAAGCUCUCUUUCUGUACUGAAUAUUCAAACCAAAUGUUUAUUAUAAAGUUUUUAAAAUUACAGUUGGUACUUGUAACCAGUUAUUUUAUUAUUUUAAAGUAUAAUUCAAAUAAGUAAAAUUGAAUAACUUGUAAUAGUGACUAGUUGCACUAAUGUUACAUUAGCAAAUGUAUCAAUAUUUAUGCGAUAAAUUUGUGCAUUAUAUGUACAAAAAUUGUUGUUCUGCCUGUUUAAAAUAAAAUUAACAAUCAAUACUGAAACGAUGAAAUUGUUUAUUUAUUUAUAAUUUUGAAAAGAUUUUAUUACCAAAAUAAUAUUGUAGAUCUUAUGAGUAUCACCACCAUUUGUCAUAAUUCCCCCCAAAAAUGCAGCACAUGAUACUGAAGCAGUAAGGAUAUGAAGUCACCACUAGAUGGCAUGGAGCCUGGUACAGUACUGUGCUGUUUCUUAUCACAUUUAUCUUCUAGAGUAUACAGUAAUAAAUAAUAAGUACAGAGAAAUUAGUGGAGUGAGAUGUGUGUUAUAAUAGCAGUUGUGUUUAACACUAGUAACCAUUUUUAGCAUUACACCAUAUCUUUACUUAACCUGUUAAUGGGCAGAUUUAAUCCCAGUGUAUUUGCAGCCUUAAAGUUUUACACUUCUUAGAUCUUAUUCAAAAUUACUGCUUACAUUAAUACUUACAUCUGUGAUGGUAAAAUGAAUAAUUAUCCCCGUAUGUAUGUGGACCUUACUAAACUUUAUGACCAGUAGUGAAAACGGGAGGGGGGAAAAAAAAAGCAUCUUUAGGGUGAAAUUUUGAAUUGAUGAACAGCCAAAAGUGAGAAGUUAGAUAUAGUUUAGAGUUUAUUUUCAAGCAGAAAUGCUCUAUAGGAGCAUAAUAUUGCAGAUAAAAGAAUGCUCAGUUGAGAAUGUAUGAGCAGACGAGAAGUCCAAGACAAAUCCAAGCUGCAUAGGUUUCAAUAACUGACCUACAUGAAGCUAAUUUGUUAGGCACGUGACUGUUCUGAUGGAAAAGCUAAACAAAGAAUUAUAGGAGUAGCCCAAAGUCCCCUACUUGUUACUGGAGAACCCUCUUAGUAAUUGGAAUUACCCUUACCGGAAAGGUUUGUGUGAUAUAGAAAGGACUGCAUUUCAAAGUUCUGAAGCAAUAAUGUGACUAUUAGACAGAAAUAACUUAUUUACCACUAAUUCCAGUCCACUGAAAGAAUUCAUCUUCCAGCUCGUAUACCAUAUAAAUAGCCCCCUCCCCAUUUUUGUUCUAUCUGCCAGAUAAUUUAAUACUCCCAGAUGUUAACUGUGGAAAGAAUAAAUUCUUGAUUAGUUAUAAGAGUGAGUAUAACGACAGUGGAAGGGACCUAGCAAAGCCUCACCUGUUUAGGCAAUGUAUCAUAAACAUUGUUGGAAAUGAGGACUAAUACACUACUGUAAAUUGCUAUACAUAUUGUAAUAUUUACCAUUAUUAUUCCAAUAAAAAUGUCAUAACUGAUGCUCCUCUACUAUUCUCUCUUAAACUUUUACUUGUACUAUAGUAUCAUUAUGAAAUAAAAUUUAAAACCAUU